GGCGGACUACUUGAUUUUCCAGUGCAGUGACCGGUAGUAAUUUUCGGACACUUAUUCUUUUAACUUUUACCCCUUUUAAUAUCUUUGUGCAUUUUGCUAAUAAUUGCUGGUGGACAAUUUUACUCACGAAUAUUUUGUGGGAUAAAAUACAGGCAACAGUAUUUACGAACUGCAAAGCAAGUAUCUUAAGAUUCGUUGAUUAGCAGUUUUUAUAGCUUCAAGAUGAUAGACGGUAAGAAACCGAAGGAAUGUCUGCCCGUCUCCUCGGUCUGCAUCUCUAACCGCAGCGAGAUGGAGCUGUCCAUUUCUUCCUCCGAAGAAAGCACUGACCCAGGGGACAUGGAGCGGGGUCAGUGGAGUAACAAACUGGACUUCUUGAUCAGUGUCAUCAAUUAUGCUGUGGGCCUCGGGAACGUCUGGAGGUUCCCUUACCUCUGCUAUGAGAAUGGAGGAGGUGUCUUUCUCGUUCCCUAUUUGAUAUGCUUAGUCCUACUGGCCGGGCCUUCUUUUGUCAUGGAAGUCGCGGUGGGGCAAUAUUUCAGAAAAGGCGGCAUUGGCAUCUGGAAGCUGUGUCCGAUUUUGAAAGGCAUUGGCUACGCAUCGAUGACGAUUGUCGCCUUAUACAACAUCUAUUUCAUCAUCGUGGUAUCUUGGGUAUUGUUCUAUUUCGUCAAUUCCUUCACGUUUCUGCUGCCGUGGCAACGUUGCGACGCUCCUUGGAACACCCCUGCUUGUACAGUGAUUGAGACCCUCGCUCAUAACGCCACUGUGUCCCUCAAUGCAUCGAACGCAUCUGGCCUCAGUAGAGAAACAUCUUCAGUAGUUGAGUUUUGGGAGAGGAAAGUCUUGGGCAUUACCGAUGGCAUUCAUGAUAUGGGAGGCAUGAGAUGGGAACUGGUUGGCCUCUUAAUUUUAGGCUGGGUGGUCAUCUACUUCAUCAUCUGGAAAGGACUGAACGAGAGUGGAAAGCUCAUCUACGUGACGGCUACUUUCCCAUACGUUAUAUUAGUUAUUUUGCUGAUUCGAGGUGUGACGUUAGAGGGCGCUGGAGAUGGCAUUCUCUAUUUCGUCCAGCCACGAUGGGAGAAACUUUUAGAACCCAAGGUGUGGGUAGCAGCAGGAACACAGGUAUUCUUUACUUUCGGAAUUGGAUUCGGAUCUGUUGUUAAUCUUGGAAGUUAUAAUAAAUUCACCCAUAACUUUUACAGGGAUUCCAUUUUCAUUUGCAUUUUGAAUCCAUUGACCAGUAUCUUAGCUGGUGUUGUCAUCUUUUCUGUGCUUGGUUACAUGGCUAAUGUGCAAGGAGUGUUGGUAGAUGAAGUGGUUAAAUCUGGACCGGGAUUAGCAUUUUUGACCUACCCAGAAGUUGUUUUGCAUUUGCCUCUGUCUCCUCUAUGGGCUGGAUUGUUCUUCUUGAUGCUUUUUGUCCUCGGAAUCAACAGCCAGUUCUGCACUGUGGAAGCCCUUGUUUCAAGUCUGGUUGAGGAAUGGCCCCAUCUAUUGAUCCAGAAGCGAAAACUGUUCUCUCUUUUCAUGUGCGUAAUCAUGUGUAUUCUGGGUCUUCCGAUGGUAACCGAAGGUGGCAUGUACAUCUUCCAGUUGAUGGACUUUUACGCUGCUAGCGGAAUUCCUCUUUUGUUCACAGUAUUUUUCCAAACAAUUGCCAUUGCAUGGAUUUAUGGAAUUCCACGACUUUCUAAGAACAUCAAGACUAUGAUCGGAUUUGCCCCUGGAUUAUACCUGAAGCUCGGUUGGUUGGUCCUUGUUCCCAUGACAACUUUUGGAAUUUUUAUGUUCUGCAUCAUCGACUACACCCCUCUGGUCUAUGCCCAAGUGUACACCUACCCCUGGUGGGGGGAGAUGCUGGGAUGGCUCAUUGCUUUGUCUUCUAUGAUCUGGAUUCCUUUCUACGCAUUUUACUUCAUCUGCUACAAGACCGAAGGAACACUCAUGGAGCGUAUACGAAUGGGAAUGAGCCCCGCUCUGGAGGAUGGUGUGAAUAAAGAAGUACCGAAAGAGAGUAUCCUAGUAGGCAUCGCUCGAGUAUAGAAAAAACAAACACGACAUCUUCAGUCUACUUAAAGAAACAUGAGGAGCUUGCUAAAUACCUUUUAGUAUUCAGUGAUUUUAGAUAAGAUCUUACAAGGUGAAAACAAAUCUGUGAUGGAUGUAUUUAUUGUUAGCACAUAUUUUGUGAUGUACACAUUCCUUCACAAACAAAAGGCUGUCAUGAAAAUUGCUAUGGUUAUGAAACCUUUUCCCCCCCUCCCCUUCACAAAAGAUUGCAAGCUUCCAUUUCAUAUGUACAUGAAACACAAAUGUCAUUACAUCAGACUUCAGCUUUGCAUGGCAUGUCAGGCUUUGUACAUAAACGGUUUUUGAUGGAGAGAUUUGUGUAAAUAAGGCAUUGUACAGAUUCCUUGCAACUCAAAGAAUAUUCAGGAAUUGCCAGUUUGUUAAACUUACUAUUUAGGAAUAGUUCCAUUCAUGCAUAAACUAUAGAGAUUAUAACUUAUGCUAUUUUCUGUUGUAUGUUUUUGAUCCUAUAUUUUUCUUUUCAACAUCCUUGUAUGAAAUAUAUAUGUCUAUAAACAAUGUAUAUAUAUUAUCCACCUUACUUUAUUUAAAAGAGCAACUUUUUUUUGCAUUAGUAUUAUAUGAUGUCAUAACUUUUAUUCAUAAAUCAUAAUCAGGGGGGAAAAAAUCAGCUUUUUCUUCAAUCAAAGUUAAAAGCUGUCCAAUUAUUUGUUAAAUUUAUUAAACUAAUUUUAAAAUCAAAACCUUUUAUUUAUUCUUUAAAAUUAAAAUUACUUUAUUUAUAAAUACUUAAUAUUUCUAAUGCUUAAUUUUAUAGUCUAACCUUUUUUCCUUUCUUUCAUCAUUUAAAAAAAAACUAUAUUGUAACAAUAUUUAAACCAAUACCGCAUGUAAUAAUGUAACAAUCUUACUAUAUAUAUUUAAAGAAUAUUUUAUAUCCAUUAAUCCCAUUAAGUAUUUUUUUUCUUCUCUUAAUUGUCUGUUAGAAGACUUGAAUUUAUUAGAAAUUUUUUUCCUGCAUUUAAAUACUUGAGAGUAAACGUUUUUCAGUGCAGCUAUUUAAAAAUAUUUUUAAAAAUGCAGUAAAAAAAGUACAAACAAUUUACUAUUCAGAUUUAGAAGAAAAAAAAAAAAAAAACCAACCCUGUUUAGGUCUUACCUAAAUGAAUUAUUUGACUGAUGCAAUGGGAAAAAUUUGUAAAUUUGCCUAUGUGUAUAUUUUGCUUAUAAAGUAUUUUCUGAUAAUUUUUUUGUAUUGUGGCUUACUUUUGUACAUAUGAUGUGCAAUAA